GGGUUGGGGAAGGACACCCAGGCCCAGAAGAGAGUCUGGACAUGGAUCCCCACGGGGGUCACUACCUGAACAAGGCGGCGGUACUGUCCGCCCUGGGAGCGGCCCGGAUGUGCCAGCUUCUCCUGAGCUGCACCACGGUGAGCCUGGUGGCGCACCAGGCUGGCUACAGCGCCACCUACGGGACCUUCUGCAUGUUCGUGUGGUGCUUCUGCUUUGCCGUGACGCUGGUGGUGUUCGUGCUGGACGUCACCCGCCUGCACGGCUGCAUGCCCAUCUCCUGGGACAACUUCACGGUGGCCUAUGCCAUGCUGGCCACCCUCAUGUACGUCACGGCCUCCGUGGUCUACCCCGUCUACUUCCUGCGGCCCGAGUGUCCGUCCGAGGGCUGCGAGGUGCGGAAUUACCGCAUCGCCGUCACCGUCUGCUCCUCCGUCUGCUGCUUCGCCUACGGCGCCGAAGUCUUCCUCACCCGGGCCAAGCCGGGCCGGGUGGUGGGCUACAUGGCCACGAUGUCGGGCCUGCUCAAGGUGGUCCAGGCCUUCGUGGCCUGCAUCAUCUUCGGCGCCCUGGCCAACGACAGCGAGUACAACCGGCACAUCCCCACGCAGUACUGCGUGGUGGUGUACAGCCUCUGCUUCGCGGUGACCGUGGUGGUGGUGGCGCUGACCGUCUCCGGCCGCACCUCGGCCCUCCGCUUCCCCUUUGACCGCUUCGUGGUGGUCUACACCUUCCUGGCCGUGCUGCUGUACCUGAGCACGGCUGUGGUCUGGCCCGUGUUCAGCUUCGACAAGAAGUACGGCACGCCCACGCGGCCGGAAGGGUGCCCGCGGGGGAAGUGCCCGUGGGACAGCAAGCUGGUGGUGGCCGUCUUCACCCACGUCAACCUGGUGCUCUACUUCACCGACCUGGUCUACUCUCAGAGGAUCCGCUUCGUAUCCCAGCAGCCCUGAGCCCCACGAUCCCACCCUACGCCCACCCCGCUGGACCCCCACCCUCCUCCCACCGCACGGGAACUCGUGCAGCCUGCCUCGGCCCUUCCCUGGCGGUCGCAGUGGGAGACGCCCCUUGUCAGCCUUGCUACACACCAUCUGAGAGGACCUAAACUUCAGGAAACCGCCUUGCACACUGGCACAUUCACAUGGGUUCAGUUUACACUCUUUAACUGAGACUCCAUUCAGGCCUCAGUCACUGUGGAUCAGGGGAAAAACAGGGCACCGCCCGCUGAGGCUUGGAAUGAUGCCGUUCUCUCAGUGACAUGGGAGUUGGAUGUGUGAACCCGUCCCCUCGCCCUCCGGAGCCAACACCCACCCCGCCCUGUCCCAUCGCCUGCAGGGAGGCGGAGCCAGGCCAGGAAGUUGAACCCAGCAGACCGUAAUUCCAUGAUCCUCGAGGAAAAAUCUGAGGAACCUGUAUGGCAAAAACACAGACCGUCCUUUCCUUACUGUACAGGUGAAGCAGGUUUGCCACCUCCUCCUCUCUCCAGGGCUUCCGAUUCUCUGCCCCUCCUCUGUCCUCUAGAGACAGAGGCUUACCUCCAACAACAGAGGAAGUCACAGAACAUGGAUGAUUACCUAACAAAGUAUUAAUCUGCAUAAACUAAUUCAUCCGUUUAUGCUUUAUUUAUUGUAUUUAUUGUAAGUGC